AGAAAAACAAAAUUUAUUAAUAAGCAAAUAAUAUGAAUGAAGAACAACAAUAAUUCAUAGAUUAUAAUGUCAUUAAGACGUGCAAGUGCAACCCCACUUUCUCUCCUCAACCUUCUCUCUAUUAUACUCUCUUCAACUAACAACAGAUCAAAAACACCACAAUACUUCUUCUUCCCUCAAAACCCUAUUCUUUGAUCUAUCUAUCUCUCAUAAUGUCAUCUCACCAUCAUCAUCAUCAACAUCAUCAUCAUCAUCCCAUCAUGCCAAUAACACCACGAGAGAGAAGACCAUCAUCAUUAUUAUCAUCAUCAACAAUACCAUCAUCAUCAUCAUCAUCAAAUACAAUGAUGAAAUCCUUCGCUUUACCACCAUCACCAAUACCUAAUGCAAAAGGUUACCGGUCAGCAGCUGUAGAUGACCGGAAGUUGACCGACUACUUCACAAAAAACCUACAAAUACCAUACCUACGUUUACCUGAUCCUUACAAUCAGUUACACACGACCCAGGUUCGAGUCCCGGCUAAGAUAGAUUACAGACUUUUAUUCUCUAGGGUUGGCAACUCUAUUGAGAGAUUGCUUCGUUCGGCUACCGAGUUUGGGGUGGUUCGGAUCGUAGGACAUGGGAUCGACCUACAAGAGGUUAGGUCUGUUAAGGCUGAGGUUGAGCUCUUCUUUAGGAGUCUUGAUGAGAGGAAGACUAGGUUUAGGAAGAGCUUCGUUGAUAGGGUUGGUAAUCGUGAGGAGUUCGUUUGGUUCCGGUCUGAUAAGGCCAUGUUGCUUUGGGCUCGGGAGGUCAUGGGAUCAGACCGUUAUCGCGAUUUCAGCCGGAAGAUGGAAAAUGUAGUGAGCAAACUUGACAGAAUUGCAGAGGAAUUGGCAGAAGUGCUGUCAAAAUUCUCAGAAAAAAGAUUUGAGAAGGUGAUUGAAGAGAGGGAAUCUAUAAUAAGCUUAUAUAGAUACAAUGACAUGCAUCCAAGCUUACUUGUGUCGAACGAGGACAUCCAUGAGUCGUAUGACCAUGCAUUGAGCUUGCAUCUAGCAAUGGAGAGAGGCGAAUUCUAUGUACAUACAGAGAAAGGGCCUUUGUCCUUCAGUACUGACCAUGACACCAUUGUUGUCACUGUUGGAGAGCAACUCAUGGAAUGGAGUGCAAGAGACUUCAAAGCUGUUUCUGGGGAGUUAAUAUUUGAUCCAAACUUGCAUGGGACUGAAGCAUCUUACUCAAUAGAGCUCAAAUGUUCACCCUUAAAUCUUAACUUUGGUUAUACCAAAAGAGUUAUGAGGAACAUUUCUUUGGUUGAUCAAUUAUUGAUUAUACUAAUCUUUAGCUUCCUUUACCAAAUACUUUGCUUCACUUUAUCUAAACCAUCUUUAGGGACUUCCUGGCUAAAUUUGUUGCAAUACUUAAAGGUGAUGUUUUCUGAUAUAGGGAAAUAUAUCCUUUCAUUUUAAGAUUAUUUUUGUUCUUUUUUCCCUUGUUUUGUUAAAUUAUGUAUAGUUUGAUCCAAUUAAUUAUUUGAUGUUUAUAGAUUUACAA